AUUGCCACACACAACGGAACUGAUGGCAACGUCUCACCCUGUUCGUUUGGACAAUUUUAUUCCCAUGUCCGCAUCUCCGUUCGCCUCCCAUUUGCCCGCUCCACAGCCGCAGUUGAUUGAUUUCCAGCAACUUCCUAUUCAAGACCGACACCAACGUUACCGUGGAAUCUCGUUCCCCGUCACCACAGGUUUUGCCAGAUCCUCACAUUGACAAAUAUCCUACGCAGUCAAUGCUUCCUCCUUCAUUUCAAAAGCAAACAGUAUUCGACCUCGCAAUGCACACUAUUCCCGAGCAAAGGCAGACAGCAACAAGUGGAUAUAUGCUCUUUUGCAACGAUCACCGAUCACAAAUGACGGAUUUGCAAUCCACACCGUCACUCGACAUGAAACAAUGGCUUGAUGAACGCUGGAAUGCUCUGUCUCAAACACAUAAAAAGAAAUACCACCAACGAGCCAUUAUCAUCAAUUCGCAAAUGGAAGAAGGCGAUGAAUUAGAUCUCUACACAAGUGAUAAUGACAGCGACAAUUCACUGCCACUAAAGAGAUCUUACGAAGACACAUGUAUCCCAUCUCACAAAUAUCCCGUCUUGGGUCCCACCCACAUCGUAUCGCCGGAAGCUAUUCGCGAAGCGGAAGAGGAAGAAAAAGAAGAAGCCAUGGGUAUCAGCCGAUGCCGUGCCUUUUCAGCAUUUCCAUCCUUCCUGUCCUUAAAAAAUAUGCAUGAGCGGGCUCAGCAACAAAAGAAACAAAGGCUUGAACAAGAUCCAAUGGCUGCGGAUUCGCACGCAAUCCACGUACGGUCGUUCAGUCACAGCCAUUCUCCUCCAAGUGUCUCGAUUCCCAUGUUCAGUCCGACCAUUUCUCAUUCUUCUGCUACGGAUUCUCCUCGUUUAUCGGACGCCUACCAUUCCGAUGAAGAAACCUUUCCUCUGUCUCCACCCGAAAUCGCCACUUGUUCUCCCCCGUCGGCCACUUCUCGCAUCCAGCAUGAACCCCGCAUAAAAAUUGAAGCUUCCACAUCUGUCCAACCCUUGUUUCGUCAAAACAAUGCCAAUUACCAAACCAAAGAAAAAACUCGAUUGAAGCGACCUCCGAAUGCAUACCUGUUGUUCAAUCGCGAUAUGCGCCGAGAACUAUUGAAAAUUAGUCCCAAGUUGACCGUAGCAGAAAUUAGCAAAGAAGUCGGUGACCGAUGGAGAAUACUAUCCAAGGAAAAGCGACAAAGUUACAACGAAGAAGCCAUGAAGUUAAAAGAACAGCACAUCCGAGAUCAUCCCGACUUUAUUUAUACGCGACGUUCCAAAGCCGAGCUGGCAGAAGCCCGUCGAUUCUCCAGGGCAGGACGAAAAGCCAGUACGUCUGUCCCUUCCGCCGAUGGCAUUGACGUCAAUAUUAUGUCGUUACCAAAAGGCCUAAAGAGCGACGAUCCAAAACGUCAAUGCAAGAAUACUGCCACUGGACCCAACGACACUCGUCGCGACCCACGUGGACGAAAGAAAAAACGACACCGACAUCCAUCAGCACCCAAGCACCCGAUGUCCGGAUUCUUGUUCUUCUUGGCAGCUGUACGGCCAGAGGUAGCACGGCAGUUUCCAGGAUGUACGGUAGGGCCUAUCAGCAAAGCCAUUUCCGAUCGAUGGCGCGCACUUUCCGAGGAAGAGCGCACCCCGUGGCUUCAAAAAGCGGAGCAGGACAAGGCUCGAUAUGCGCACGAGAUGCGACUGUAUCUGGCGAAUCUGGAACCACAAGAACCAGGGAACGCAUCAGCUGUCGAGACCACCGUCGAUGAUCACACGCUAAUGGCCUCGGUACCACACGCAGCCAAUGGUGCUGGGGACCAAACUCAAUUGGCUAGUUUUCCUGGUAUCACCUAACUGGGAAUCUGGAUCGAUGUCCAGUACUGUAUGAUUUGUAUAGCCACUGUGAAGCCAUCUAUUUUUCUGCUUCCCAACUUUGCGAGGAUUCCAAUGUAACAUAUUGCUUUAUAGUUUGUGAUAAAAAUUUCUCAUUCCAAAGAUGGCAGCUCAAUUUUUGUACAGUUCACUUUCCAUGGCG